GAUGAUGUGAAAUGGUGUGAAUUCACGGACGAAUUUAUUGGAGGAUGCGGGCCUGAACAGUGCUAUAUAGAGUUUUUAGGCAAGUAUGGGAAGUACGGGAAUGUGAAUGCCACAAAUUGCGUAUGUAACAGCACUCCUUCUGGCUCUCUCCAUACAUGUGCUUGCCAAGUUCACUGUGGCGUAAUUCCACCACCGCCGCCUCUUUAG